GAGGGCGGCGGGGGGAAGAUGGCGGCGCCCGUGCUGCUGAGAGUGUCGGUGCCGCGGUGGGAGCGGGCGGCCCGGUACGCAGUGUGCGCCGCCGGGAUCCUGCUCUCCAUCUACGCCUACCACGUGGAGCGCGAGAAGGAGCGGGACCCCGAGCACCGGGCCCUGUGCGACCUGGGGCCCUGGGUGAAGUGCUCCGCCGCCCUGGCCUCCAGAUGGGGUCGAGGAUUUGGUCUUUUGGGUUCCAUUUUUGGAAAGGAUGGUGUAUUAAACCAGCCAAACAGUGUCUUUGGACUUAUAUUUUAUAUACUACAAUUAUUACUUGGCAUGACAGCGAGUGCAGUUGCAGCUUUGAUCCUUAUGACGUCCUCCAUCGUGUCUGUCGUGGGGUCUCUGUACCUGGCCUACAUUCUGUACUUUGUGCUCAAGGAGUUUUGCCUCAUCUGCAUCAUCACAUACGUGCUGAACUUCAUUCUUCUUAUCGUCAACUACAAACGACUAGUGUACUUGAACGAGGCCUGGAAACGGCAGCUGCAGCCCAAGCAGGACUGACAGCCGCUGGGCUCCUGACUGACAGUCUCAAGUCCCUUUUCCAUUAAGUUUAUUUUGCAGCAGUUUUUUUUUAAUUCUUCACAACAGACACUCUCCCCAAAAAUCUUAAACUGAUUUUUUAAAAUCCUGUAAAUUAGAAGGGGCCCUAGCUGUUUUCUGUGUCAAUCUUCAGUUUAAAUAUGGAUACAAAAAAGGAUUCACCGAGCCAAUCAAAGACAAGCUUUAACUUUACUUUGAAGAUGUUUCUGAAAUAGUAAAAUGUCACCUUAACCCCCUGCCCAAUUGUAAAGUGAGCAACCAUUGCUAGUAAUUCUCUGAUGUGUAUAAAUUCAAUUUCAGGUAUAACAGAUGUGAUCAUGACAUGAAAAUAUUUUAGAAUAGAUACUGUAUUAAAUAUUGCCAUGUUUACAAUAUAUAAUAUGUUUUUAGCCAAUGGAUUUAAACGUGUAGAUUCAACUAGAAUCCAUUUAUGUGAUAUUUGUAAAUAAAGGUAGAAAUAUUGGAUCCACCCCUGCAGAGCUUACUCUACAGGUUAGUUAAGGUGUAGCAAUGAAGAACUGCCAGCGCAGUGCUGACAGAUGAACUAGUGAAAAUAGGAAGCCCAUCCAGAUAGCAUCUCAUGAAAAGUGCUGGCAGUCGUGGGUACUGCAUUGACAGCAGAAAUAUAGGAUACAGGGUGGUUGGUUCAUCUCCUUCCUCUGAAAGGAAGAAACUACAUUUGGAUGUUCAAGUCAAGUUUGUACCUAGUCAUAAAACUGGACCAGUUGUAACCUUACAGAAUGAGUCAUGUAACCAGACUUCAGUCCAUGGCCUUGAGGACACUAAUGAUGAAAAAAAUCGGUAGAUUUCUUUUUGAGAAAAGCUGGAAACAUUAAUAUGGUAUUUUUAGGUCAAGUCUCUUACAACCGUUGAAUUCUUACCCAGAUAUUUUUCCUUCAUGUUGGUGCCAGUCAGCCAACCAGACAGUAUUACGACUCUGACGUAACCAAGAUAAGCCCAAUCGCUCCAGAGGAGAACUGCUCUAUUUGGUAGUUGUUUCCCUUAACUGUUUCCUUCCACACUAACUAAUCAGACAUCUAGUUGAACUGGUUUAGGAUCAAACACUAGAUUUGUAAACUUCAGGGCUGGCACGCUGCUCAGUUUGUCAUCAGAGGAGCCACCACAGGUAGAGAUGCCUGCAGGUGAAUCACAGUAACACCGUCACCGCUCUCUGCUAACUGUGGGAGUACAGGAGGGAUUUUUUAUAGUGAUCUGAAUAAACCCAAAUGAAAUUGUGACAGUACAUUUCUGUGGUUAACAUCUUCUGUCAGAAUGUUAAAAGUGCCUUCUGUCUUACAUUCUCAAACCAAAUAUUUUGUGUGUUGAACUUGGGCAGAAGUGUCCUUCCUUCCUUCUCAACAUGGAAUAGAAAACACAUUCUUUAGGAAAGGUUCUGUAUGAUCAUUUUAUUCCUUAGACAGAGAAGUAAUAGCAAUGUCUUUGCUUCCAAUUUGAUUAGUCAUUAUGUUAAAAAUAGACAAUUAAACCAGUAACUUUUGAGUGCUUUAUUUGCCUUCUUUUUGAAGGGAGGGGGCAGGCUCUGUAAACUACAUUGUGUCGAGUCAGCAACUGUUCAGUAGUUUUCCAACUAACUGUAGUCAUUGAUGCCAUGUAGCCUUCUGGCCCCAGGCAGGUGUAAAAUCUGAAUUGUAAUGAACUUUUGACCAGUUUCUUAAAAGCUGGCUUAUGUUUUCCCAUGAAUGUGAAUAUUUCAAUGCCUGUUUUAUGAAGUAUGUGUUGUUCUUGUGUUCUAAACUAGUUAAAGAACUCUGGGAAGCACCGAUUAAAUGCCUGGUGUUUAUGGAGACACAGGUCCUAAUGUUAAGAGCUGUAUCAAGGAGGUCAGCUUGUAGUAGCACUUCCUGUUCUACCACGGCACGUCUUGGUUCUCUUUUCACACAUGAGUGGAAACGGCUUAACGGUUAAGAUGGCUGUGGUGUACAUAACAUCGGUGGGCGGCACUGAACAAGUUCCUUGUAUCCCAAUUUCAAGUGGCUUUUCAUCCUAUUUGGUAUCAGUCAGCAAAGUACAGUUAAAGCUUGUCUUGAUGUUGCAUUCUUGCAGAAGUCUUGAAUUUUUACAUGAGAAAAUAUUAAAAUGUCUAGCCAGAUCCUUCAGGUUUUUCCUUUGUGUCCCUAAGCCUUGGGGAAAACACUGUUUCAGUUAUAUAAAAAUUGUUUUUGCCACAUUCCUAUGACCCAGUAGAAUUAACAUUCUUUUUUUCUCACUGAGAGAUGUACACACGCUGCCUGAAAUCCCAGCACCACAACACCAGUAAGCAACAAAACCCUGUUGUGUGCUAAGUUACUUGGUAUUUUUUGCCCUGGAAGACGUUCAGGCUCCCCUCCACGCCCUCUACCCCACCCUAGAAAGGGUAGCAAGGGGGGAAACACAGUGUUUUAAAAUUUGAGGGUUGUUAUAAGACUAUUUGACACUGAAUAUUUAAACACUGCAACAUUACUAACCACCAACUCUGAAGGAUUAAAGGAAAAAAGUUUUUAGCAGUAAUUCCAUGCUUCAUUGAAGUUUUUGAAGUGAUUGGCAACAAAUGAAGCCUCUUAUUUACUUGAUAGUCAUAAAUGUCCUUUGAAGAAAUAAGAGAAGUGGUUCAGUGGUAAAUCGUAGGGAAUCUAGGUGGUUCUGGAGGAUUUCUCUUGGUUUCUCAUUGCUGCUAGUUGCUGUCAGUGAGGGUAACCUUCUGGUGAGAAAACUCAGGUUUAACUAGCUGUGUGUCAGGAAUUACACUGUAACUUGAUAUACGUAUCUCCUUAAAUCCAUUACUUUCAAAGACUGUUGAAAGCAUUACCCAUUUUCAUACAGAGACAAAAAUUUGUCAUUUGGCUCCAGGGAUCUUUGGACCUACUAGGUAGGACAUAGGACCAAGACUACAGUGAAAUUAAAACUAUUUGUUGGCUUUACUUUGCUUGGUUUUCAUUUAUAUUUAUUUUUAAAAGACUGUCAGCAAAAGCGCAACGUUAUCUUCAGCAGUGAUUGGUACCACUGCUUGACGUCAUUGAAUACUGACAGGAAAUAUCUUCAACAUCAGUAUUAGACAGAUGCCAACAGAGAAACCCAUCAUCAUUCGGGGGAGCCAUAACUAAUAAACAACCCUCGUCCUCAUGUAUUUUGUCCCAACACGCGUUAGUGAAACGUUCGAUUUAGGCAUUUUAGGCAGCACUUAUGAGUCCUGAUUUGUGAGAAAUAUCCUCGAGUAAAACAAAAGGGGUGCGGGUGGGACUCCAGACUACUCCAGGUUAAACGUUUUUUUGACAAAUUGGCCCAGAAAAGGUGAAAUGUUUUGUUAUUGUACAACUGUAAUAUUUAGCAUGGCCUAAAUAUUAGGUGUUUGAUCUGUAUAGUAUGUUCCAUCAAAAAUAUUUAUUACUAGUGCUUUAAGCUCCAGAGUAAGCAUUCAUUGAAAAUGGAGUUCACUGGGCAGAUUUCCCCUUUAAUAUAGAUAGAAAUAUUCUUUAUCAGAGAUUUAGGACACAGUUUUGCUAACUGGUAAAUAAAAACAAAUGUAAAUAUGUAAGAAUGUUUAUUUGUUGCACAUAACUUUUUGGUAUAAAAUAAUAAAUGUAGACGUUACCUGUGGAAGCUGUGCUGCCAUCAUUCUUAUACUGCACUGUUGCAUUUCAAAGAUGGAAAUGAACUCAGUCUUUUUAGGCUCACAAAGUUAAUACUGAAACCUCAUUUCUACAGUUAUCCUGAGUUGAUUCUUUCUCUCUUAAAUUAUAUUUAACUGAUUUUUUUUGAGAUUCUAGUUCGUGGAAUUCCUGUGGGUUUAUUAGGAAUGUGAUUGUCAAGAAUUAAUGACACAAAGUGUUACUGCCUACAGUUCUGCAAGCACAUAAAAAAACCACAACCCGUUACCGUCAAGUAGAUUCUAACUCCUAGUGAUCCUACAGCGCAGAGGAGAACCGCCCUGUGGGGUUUCCAAGGCUGUAAUCUCUACAGGAGCAGACUGCCACAUCUUAUUCCGAGGAGCCGCUGGUGGGUUCGAACCACUGCCUUUUGGUUAGCAGUAAAGUGCUUUAACCACUGCACCACGAGGGCUCCUUGUAAGCACGAAGAUGUAUCAUCAGCUGCUUUUCCACUUUUCAAUGCGUGGCUUUACUUUAGCUCCACCUGAAUACUCCACUACUGUCAGAGUCCUCUGAUAAGGUAACAUCUGCAAGAAAAGUGAACCUGAAAUGAAUUUGAAAUGCGGCUUCGCCACACUUUAUUGUUCUGUGCUAGAACCUUGGGGCCUAAGAAAUGGGCCUGCUGCUCUCAUUUGUAACAUAUAGGUGUACCUGUUACGUUUAAUUUUUAAACUGUUAGCUAAAGAGUCCUACGUAUUGUUCUUUGACAUUGAAUUAGAACACAAAAUUUGAUUCCUUCAAGGAAUUUUAAGUUCAGUGGUGACAGAAGAAAUAUGCAAUUCCUAGAAUUCCUAACUUACUAUUUGAACCAAAUGCACUCUCAUUUUUAAAAGCAGCUGGCACGGUGGUUAAGGACUUGGCUGCUAACCAGAAGGUCGGCAUUUCAAACCCACCAGCUGCUCCGUGGGAGAAAGAUGUGACAGUCUGCUUCUGUAAAA